AUGGGAAAAGAAGGUACAACUACGGAAACUCCGGUUCUGAUAAGUGAAGCCGAAAUGAUGGAGCGCCAAAAGAACUACACCAUUCGAAUGCACGAUGUUGCCGCCGCAUGUGCCACAUUCAGAAAGUCGCUCCUUCAGUUUAGACUGCUAGAGGAAGAGCGGACGAAUCAGGGUCGUUGGGAUCAGUAUCUUCGCUGUGAUGGCUUGCCCAAGGUCCGAUCCCCAAUCGAGAUUCGAACUUUCCUGGCUAAAAUUCGCCACUUCGAAGAUAUCGAAGCGAAGAACUCCAUUGACUGGACAAUGGGGGUGGACGAACGCAGUGUUCUAUCACAAAAUAUUUACCAAAAGGACUUGACGCGACAAGUGUUGCAAAGAACCACUGUCGAUAAUCCUGGUUCUUAUUUUGAGAGUAAUUUAAAGAAAUGCAUGGAUGUAUUGCAGCAGGUGGAUAUUCUGAUGGAUAAUGAGGUGGAAAUGGAGCGUAUGAAUAAAAGUGUACUGGCUGAUCUUUUGGAAGUCUACAGAGAUGUCCAACUGGAGAUUGAAAGCCUCUUUGAUCGACUUACCUAUCGCAUAUUGCGCAUGCAAAAGGCCUAUAUGGAAUCCGGUAAUGGAAUAGUGGCUAGGUGGAGUCACUCAUGUGAUCUAUGGCGCAUGGAUCUCUGGGGUCUUUACAACGUUCCCAUAAUCUUUCAGCAAUUGGAAGUACCACUAAUGAUUGUCGAUUUUAAGGAAACUAGCGUCAAGGUCCAGGUACCCCUAAGUGUGCUCUGUGAUUGUAUAACCAUCCGCUGUGUCCACACCAAUUUUGACCACCACUCGUCGCAUGCCAAAAGCUACGAGCCUUUGACGGUGGAGAGCAUUUAUAUGCCUAAUGCUGGACUCACUGACAUGGAGGAGUCUGUGGUUGGUGAGUGGCUGAUGCAGAACGAUAUCCAGGAGGAGACUUUGAACAACAUGAAUCGGAGAAGAGAGGAGUAUGAAGAGCUGAUGCAGCUCAUUGCGGAGCGAACCGAGCAGGCUGCCAAGGAGGCGAAGUUUGGCAAGGGCGGCGAUGGUGAUAAGCGUCCUAAGAUAGUCAUCCCGAAGACCCCGAAGUUAGUGCCCCUUGUUCCUCAGGGCAUGUAUCCCGAUGUAUUCAAGGAGUUCCUUUUUCGCGAAGAGGAUCAAUACAAGAAGUUCCUGAGUACCUAUUUCCAUCCAGACAAUCUUAGCUUGACACCCGAGGAGGUUAAUCUUAGGGAGUGUAUUAUUGUUGGCGGAAUCUAUAACAUCUCCUUCGUGCGACGACCUGAUCAAACGCAAUUUGAAAAGUUUAAUAUAGUGCUGCACGAGGAUGGACGUGUUUUGAGGGUCACACCCCAAGUAGUGGCCAAACCAGAUAAUCGAAAGUCCCGACUUACCGAGUAUACUAGAAUGACGCUCGGCACUUCCCAAAUGAAGCUGAGCGAAGAGGAGCUCCCGUUCUUUGUGGUUACCGUACAGUUACCGCCACAUCUGUGCAGGUGGGGCAAGCCCGAGGUGUGUCAUUAUCUAAGGGAGCUCCAGACCCCGACACGGGUUCCAGACAGGUCCACUCUCGUAACGCUAAAUAUACUUUCUCCCAUACGUAUAUCAUCUGAACUAUCCAAAAGGGAGGAUGGCAGCAUACAAUCCACAUUGGCUAAUCAGUUUUCACCACCCUUGAAAUCACUCCUAAAGCAGAGUAUUACCUAUGGACAUUUCCCAGUAAGGGGAGAACCGAUAGCGAACUUUAAUCUGGACAAGUCGCUAAAUAAGAUAGAAAUUAUGAAGCUGGAAAAAAUGUGUUUGCCCCGCAUAAUUUCCUCGUUUAAGUUUCCAAGCGAAUUCGUCGAAGACCAUCUGACAUCCGAAGCUCUGAAGGCAAAGCCAAACCGCUUAGUGAAAAGGCCUGAUACCGAAUCAGCUGUGGAGGCUAAAAUAGCAGCGGAAAUCUACUUCGAAUAUGAAACGCAGGAACGCCCAGAAAGAGCGUUUCCCACUUUCGAAAAGACGGUUGCCAUAGAAUUCUCUUCUGCUGAUUUUAUGCCAUCCAUCGAGUGUGCGGAUAAAACCACCGCGUGUGGAUUAGUGUCCACUUUGGAGGACAUCAAAGAAAAAUACUUGCAGAGGCCCCAAGAAUUGUUGGAUCAAAUUCAGGUCCAAGUGUCCAAAAAGUCAGAGAAAAAGGCGGAGAAGUGGGAAAACAAAAAUGCGGAUGGAAGAUCAAGUGCUUUUAGUUCUAGGGAUCGGACGUCUUUUGCCAAUGUAAAUGCCAAAAAGACUCCUUUAGAACCUAAAACCAAAAUAAAUGAAACAGAUAUAAUGAUUACCAUUAGUUCAUCAGAAACUAAGAUGGACAUGGCAAGGCCUUCGAAACCUAAGUCCAGGAGGAGUGGUUCGGUGAUGAAACGGCGAUCAACCCGAAAGUCAGCCAGGUUGGAAGAUAUGGACAGGUUUCGUGCUAUGGAUAGUGAACCGCCAGUGUUGUUAGAUCACUGGACAAAAGAGUACAUCAUGGAAUCCCAGAUCGAUCUAGAAACAAACACACUUACGUUUAGGACGGAUCGUUUGGGCAUUUUCGGAUUGGCCUUCAAGCGAUACGAGCACUUUCCAUUCCGCGAUUGGUGUCUGCAGCCCAGUGACGAUAAUCCGGAUGAAGUCAUACUCAGUCUCGACACAUAUCAUGUGCGAAUGUUCUUCUUCAUCUCAGCCCGAGGAGUGCGGGGCUAUGUGACGGAUCUGGUUAAAGGAUAUACUGCCAAGCCGGUCAAGUACUUGGACAUUGUCGAGCCAAUCUCGGACUUUCGCGAACUGAGAAAGCUACUCAUCGAAAAGAAUCUAAAUAUUUUUGCGGAAAACGAUGCCAAUUAUUACAUUACAAAUGGUUACUUCUCCAUCAAGCAUAUUGCCUUAGAAUUGCACACCUACAAUACCAUGGCUCUGCAAUGCAAGCUGAUGAAGUUCUACCGAUCUAGCUGGAAUCGCCUAGCCCAACGCCGUGACAUCAUCGUGGAAAUGAAGAUAGCUAAGGACAACUCGGACUACUCGGAGGUCACAAUGCGCAUAACACCCGAGAAGUCAACCUUUGUCAAGAUUUCCGAGAUGUGUUCGGAUGAUGUGAAUGUGGUCAAGCUUCGUUACGAGGAAACUUGGCGGAAUGUUAACAAUUAUAAUGACUUUGGGCAGGCCAUUUACUCGCUAAAUCCCCAUACCCUAGAGGGUUCCAAUAAAGACGCGAUGCUCUUCGUCUACAUUAAGAGGCUUCUAAAUGAGAUUCGUCCUUUGAGUUACUCCUAGGGGAUUUUCAAGAUUUCUGUAUA